UUAAUGAAUACGACCCAUUUCUAAUAAAUAUAUUAUUUGAUAAUUUAUAUUUGAAAAAAGACUCGCUAACAUUAAACGCACGCGCUAUACCGGUUACCAUGCAAGUUCUCCCACCUACUUAUCUUGCGCCUUUUUAUUAUUUAUUUACUAUUUUCAUUUUUUAUCUGCGACGUUUUUCCGGCACUGUUUUACCAUUGUUUCUUCUUACUAGAAUUUAGUUUUUGUGUUUUUGAUUUAAUUCAAGAUUCACAUAUUAACGUCAUCCAUUAGUAAUUACAUAGUGGUAGUCAAAUCAAUUCAACUCUCGUUACGUUUACAGCAGCUCUGUUGUAAUGUCAGCCGGCGUUUCUGAACAGCGUGUGAAAGGACAAGGAAAUCAAGUGAAUGGACAAAAAGAUCGUAGGAAUGUAAAAGAACAAGGAACUCAUGAAAACUGGCAUACACAUGUUCAACAACAACCUAGUUUCAACAACGUCAUUCCUACUGAACAGUAUUAUCAAUAUCAAAAUGUAGUUCCCUAUCAGUUUUCAAGUACAACUCCAUAUGCUGUGGCUGAUAGACCAUGGACUUCUACACCUGAAGCAGUAACAUACAUUGGAGGCUAUGUACCUUCUCCAGAAGCAUAUACUCAGCCUACUAUUUUUAAUGCUCAGUACACUAAUAUAAAUCCUACUCCUAAUUAUAAUUACUUUAUUGCUCAAAAACCAUUUGAAGGGUAUUAUAGGACUGAAGAUCAAAUGUAUGGUGUUCCAGUAACUGAUCAAAUUAAAAGUAUUGAACAAGGUGUUCAUAAUAUGAAUGUUAAUGAUUAUAGACCAAAAGAGAACAAUAAAUUUCAACAGAAGAAAGUUACUACAUGGGCAUCUGUAGCUAAGCAACCUGCUAAACCUAUGGUUUCAUUAACAUCUGUACCAAAAAAAAAAGGUCCAGGUAUGCCUCCUCCUCCUAUGAUACUUGGUAAACAUGAUAGUCAUUGGGAUACAAAGACUGUAGCUAAACCUCCUCCUCCUCCAGUUGUACAAGUUCAAGCACCUGUACCAGUUGUUCAAGCACAGCCACCAAUUAUAGAAACACAAUCUAAAAAUUGGAAAAGUAAUUCUCCACAUAAUACUCCAAUAGGAGAAAUACCAACUCAUAUACCUCCUCCAGAUCACAUUAGACAUAUACCUCCCCCUCCAAUUAUAAUGACAUCACCCCCUCCUCAAUUAACAACCAUUACACCUAAACCAAUUAAUAUAGAAGAAAAGCCAAAGCAUCAAAUCAUUGAUGAAUUAAAAAUGAAAAAUCAUUAUAACCCAACAGAAUAUGUAAAACCACCCCAAGGUUCAAGAUUUUUUGUCAUAAAAUCUUAUUCAGAAGAUGAUAUUCAUAGAUCAAUUAAAUAUGAAAUAUGGUGUUCUACUGAUCAUGGCAAUAAACGCUUAGAUCAAGCAUUCCGUGAACCAGAAAAAAAGAAAAUAUAUUUACUUUAUUCUGUCAAUGGUUCGGGGCAUUUUUGUGGUGUCGCUGAAAUGAUUUCUGCUGUUGACUAUAACUCUUCUAGUUCUGUUUGGUGUCAAGAUAAAUGGAAAGGACAAUUUGGAGUUAGAUGGAUGUAUGUUAAGGAUGUGCCUAAUAACCAAUUGAGACAUAUUAGAUUAGAAAAUAAUGAAAAUAAAUCAGUGACUAAUUCAAGAGACACACAAGAAGUUCCAUAUGAACAAGGUGUACAAGUUAUAGGAAUAAUACAUUCUUAUAAACAUGAAACAUCAAUUUUUGACGACUUCCAACAUUAUGAAAAUUUGCAGCGGUUAGAAGAUACUAAAAAAAGUACCCCGUCUGUACCUCCAUCAUCACAUUCUUCAAUUAAUAAAUAUAAUCAAAAUGGGACCAUGAAGUAUACAAAUGAACAUAAAUCACAUCAAAAUCAUUUCAAUAAGGACUGGGAUAAACAAAGAGAUAUAAGGAAUAGAGAUAGAGAAAAUCAUAUUCACCAUCAACAAAAAUUAGAAAACUGUAAUCAAAACCUUCGGGGGCGAAAUGAUAAUCAUAGAAAUCGUAAUGAAAAUAGGGACCAUAAGGAUGACAACCAUCAGGAAAAAAAUGAACACACAAAAAACCACCGUAACAACGAAGUCAAUAAAAAUCAUAGUGAUCAGCAAGGAAACUGGGAUAACAACAAAGGUUCUUAUAAUAGAGGCCGUAGAGGUAGAAAUGGAUCGUCAGUAUAUAUUAAUAGUAGCUUAAAGCAACCUCGUAGUGAUGAAUGAAUAUUAUUUUUAUUCUUUUAGAUAUUCAUUUUAAGUAGAAAUAAUUUCAAUGAUUAAACUACGUUCCUAAAUUAUAUUUUCAUAUAUUUCAAAACAUAAAAAAGAAUAAAAAUAAUUUAUUUGUUUUUAUUUAUUAAUUAUUAUUAUUAUUUUUAAUUAUAUUUAUUUAUUAUUAUUACUUUAUGUUUGUUUAUUUUUUUUUUCAAAACUACCCGAAUAAAAGUGUUUAUUAACUUUAGGGUUAAGGAAAAUUUGUCAAAUUUUAUACAUA